AUGGCCCGCCUCACGGAGAGCGAGGCGCGCCGGCAGCAGCAGCAGCUCCUGCAGCCGCGACACUCGCCGGUGGGCAGCAGCGGGCCCGAGCCCCCCGGGGGGCAGCCCGACGGCAUGAAGGACCUGGACGCCAUCAAGCUCUUCGUGGGCCAGAUCCCACGCAACCUGGACGAGAAGGACCUCAAGCCGCUGUUCGAGCAGUUCGGCCGCAUUUAUGAGCUCACGGUGCUCAAAGACCCCUACACGGGCAUGCACAAAGGCUGUGCCUUCCUCACUUACUGUGCCAGGGACUCUGCCAUCAAAGCUCAGACUGCUCUGCACGAACAGAAGACCUUGCCCGGGAUGGCGCGGCCAAUCCAGGUGAAGCCUGCGGACAGCGAAAGUCGUGGAGGUAGGGACCGGAAGCUGUUUGUGGGGAUGCUGAACAAGCAGCAAUCGGAGGAGGACGUGCUGCGGCUGUUCCAGCCCUUCGGGGUCAUAGACGAGUGCACGGUGCUCCGGGGGCCUGAUGGCAGCAGCAAAGGCUGUGCCUUCGUGAAGUUCUCCUCCCACACGGAGGCUCAGGCGGCAAUCCACGCCCUGCAUGGCAGCCAGACCAUGCCGGGUGCCUCCUCCAGCCUGGUAGUCAAGUUUGCCGACACAGACAAGGAGCGAACACUGCGGCGCAUGCAGCAGAUGGUGGGCCAGCUGGGCAUCCUGACACCAUCCCUCACCCUGCCCUUCAGCCCUUACAGUGCCUAUGCGCAGGCCCUCAUGCAGCAGCAGACCACGGUCCUGUCCACCUCAGGCAGCUACCUGAGCCCUGGCGUGGCCUUCUCACCCUGCCACAUCCAGCAGAUCGGCGCCGUCAGCCUUAAUGGGCUGCCUGCCACACCCAUCGCCCCUGCCUCUGGGCUGCACUCGCCCCCACUGCUCAGCACUGCCGCCGUGCCCGGCCUCAUGGCUCCCAUCACCAACAGCUUUGCAGGUGUCGUGCCCUUCCCUGGCGGGCACCCUGCCCUAGAGACUGUAUAUGCCAAUGGCCUCAUGCCCUACCCAGCUCAGAGUCCGACCAUGGCUGAGACCCUCCAUCCUGCCUUCUCGGGAGUCCAGCAGUACACAGCCAUGUACCCCGCCGCGGCCAUCGCGCCCAUCGCGCACAGCAUCCCGCAGCCGCCGCCGCUCCUGCAGCAGCAGCAGCAGCGAGAAGGUCCCGAAGGCUGUAACCUGUUUAUCUACCACCUCCCCCAGGAGUUUGGAGACACGGAGCUGACGCAGAUGUUCCUGCCCUUCGGCAAUAUCAUCUCCUCCAAGGUGUUUAUGGAUCGGGCCACCAACCAGAGCAAAUGUUUUGGCUUCGUGAGCUUUGACAACCCGGCCAGCGCGCAGACUGCCAUCCAGGCCAUGAAUGGCUUUCAGAUUGGCAUGAAGAGGCUGAAAGUGCAGCUGAAGCGGCCCAAAGAUCCGGGACACCCCUACUGA